CAGUGUCAGAAAGCACAACGAUGCAGACUAUCAAGUGUGUGGUGGUGGGUGAUGGAGCAGUGGGUAAAACCUGCCUGUUGAUUUCAUACACCACCAACAAAUUCCCCUCUGAAUAUGUACCAACAGUUUUUGACAACUAUGCAGUAACUGUAAUGAUUGGGGGGGAACCAUACACCCUUGGCUUAUUUGACACAGCAGGUCAGGAAGAUUAUGACCGACUACGACCACUAAGCUACCCACAGACGGAUGUGUUUUUAGUCUGUUUCUCAGUUGUUUCCCCUUCAUCAUUUGAGAAUGUUAAAGAGAAGUGGGUUCCCGAAAUAACCCACCACUGUCCCAAGACCCCGUUCCUGUUGGUAGGCACUCAGAUUGACCUGCGCGAUGACCCCUCCACAGUGGAGAAGCUAGCCAAGAACAAACAGAAGCCAAUAACCCCCGAGACUGCGGAGAAGCUUGCUCGGGACCUAAAGGCAGUCAAAUAUGUUGAGUGCUCAGCCCUAACACAGAAAGGAUUAAAGAAUGUGUUUGAUGAGGCAAUACUGGCUGCCCUGGAGCCCCCUGAACCUAAGAAAAGACGUAAAUGUGUUCUGCUCUAAGUUUCGUCGCAGCCAACUCUACACCAGUUUCCAAAAUCUAGGUUAGCAGUACUGAAGAGGUUUGCAGCACAAGCACAUUCCAGCAUGAAUUAAGGUAUCAACACAUAUUUGCCUUCUGACUGACUUAACCUAAAUUCAAUGUGUUGGAAGUGAGUUAAGGAUUUGAAUAACAAUUUGAUGCUGUUUGUGAUGAUUUCAUGCCACUUAAAAUGGCCUUACAUGAUGUAAACACUGAUUACUAAUAGAUCAUAGGUAACAAGAAAUAACUGAGUUUACCACAUUAUGUUCAGAGGUCUUUUGGUAAAGUGCUUUCCUAAACUGACCUUGAAAUGGUAUUUAAAUGGUUAUGUUUCAUGGACUGCCAUGAAAAACACAAACGAGUAGGAUACUAAAGGGGCUUUUAGUCUUUUAACUGAUGAGUACUUGUCAAAUGAUCCCCUUAACAUCUAUGGUGUGUUCUUUGCUUUACUCUGGCACACAAGCCUGCCUUUGGUUGACACCUCAUUCCAAUGUCAACGUUGAAAAAUCUAGCAAUAUAAAUUCUGCUACAGUCAGAAAAUGUUUAUUUUUAUCAAGAAUGAAACAUUUCUCAAGUUUCCCUUUCCUGUUUUUAUUUACACAUCAUUUAAAUGUUCUUUGACACCAUGGCCUCCGGGAAGAUCCAAGAAAUAUCUGACAGAAUCUGACAUUUCUAGGCUAUGCUCCAUUAUUAUUUUUUUCUAGUUUGCAAAAUAAAAAAUGGAAAAAAAAAAAUAGAUUGACACUUGUCACAAUGGAUCUCCACAGGAGGUCACAGAGAAGUGGGAAUUAUAUGGAGUUAAAAAUACAGUGCUAACAAUCCCAUUGUACAUCAUGUGUAACAAAUGGCCAAUAUCAAUGUAAGUGAAACAAUGCAAGGAGCCCUACAAAUGUAUUUUAUUUGACAUAUGUGUGUUGGCAGCAAAAUGAUGUUUAUCCUGAAUGCUUGUCAAAAGUUGCAUUAGCUAAACUUUGCAGGAGCAUUUCAGCCUAUAACCCAAAUCUAAUCAACUAUUUUGUAAACCAAAAACAACUUUCUUCCAAAUUGCAGCAUUAUAACCGUAUAUUGGAAAGUAACACCUUGUGACAGGUUCUCACUGAAGUGCUUUUAUUUACAUUGAGACCCUGUGAAGAUGUAUGAGUGACUGAACUAGCACUAUUUGCAUUUGUCUUUUACUAUAUCCAUGCCGCAUUCGUUGGCUUGAAUUUGUACAUACAGUAAGAAUAACUCUUAACUUAUUGACUGAAUAGUGUGUGCAUUACUGAUACCAAGAUUUAGAGAAGCUGAAACAACACUGAAAUCAAAUGAACCUUGAAAAUGCUAAGUGAAGGAGUGCUUUUGAUUUUUAUUCAAUUUGACCUCAAAAUGUAUCUUGCAUCACAACAAAACAGUAUUAUGAAUAAACCUAACAUCAAAAACUU